UGCCUCUCCAUUCACAACCACCUUCCUGCUGCUGCAGGUGUCAGCAACUGAUGAAGAUGGACCUGUAAAUAGCGCCAUCACCUACAGCCUGGUAGGAGGGAACCAGCUCGGGCACUUCACCAUCCACCCCAAGAAGGGGGAGCUAAAGGUGGCCAAGGCCCUGGAUUGGGAACAGACUUCUAGCUACUCCCUGAGGGUCCGAGCCACAGACAACGGGCGGCCGCCACUGCACGAGGACACAGACAUCGCUAUCCAAGUGGUUGAUGUCAAUGAUAACCCACCGAGAUUCUUCCAGCUCAACUACAGCACCUCUGUCCAGGAGAACUCCCCUGUUGGCAGCAAAGUCCUGCAGCUAAUCCUGAGUGACCCAGAUUCCCCAGAGAAUGGCCCCCCCUACUCAUUCCGAAUCACCAAGGGGAACGACGCCUCUGCCUUCCACGUGACCCCAGAUGGAUGGCUGGUGACCAUGGCGGGCCUGAGCAGGAGAGUCCAGGAAUGGUAUCAGCUUCAGAUUGAGGUGUCCGACAGCGGCAUCCCUCCUCUGUCAUCUUCGACGUCUGUCAGGGUCCACGUCAUGGAGCAGAGCCGCUACCCGCCCUCCGCCCUCCCUCUGGAGAUCUUCAUCACCACCGGGGAGGAGGAGUUCCAGGGCGGCAUGGUGGGUAAAAUCCACGCCACAGACCGAGACCCCCAGGACACACUGACCUACAGCCUGGCGGGAGGGGAGACCCGGGACAGGCGCUUCUCAGUGGGUGCGCCCGAUGGCAAGAUCAUCGCCGCUCCAGGACUGCCUCGGGGCCGCUAUGCGUUCAACGUCACAGUCAGCGACGGGACCUUCACUGCCACUGCUGGGGUCCACGUCCACGUGUGGCACGUGGGGCGCGAGGCUCUGCAGCAGGCCAUGUGGAUGGGCUUCCACCAGCUCACCCCAGAGGAGCUGGUGAGCGACCACUGGAGGAACCUGCAGAGGUUCCUCAGCAACAAGCUGGACAUCAAACGAGCCAACAUCCACCUGGCCAGCCUCCAGCCUGCAGAGGCCAUGGCUGGGGUGGAUGUGCUCCUGGUCUUUGAGGGGCAUUCCGGAACCUUCUACAAGCUGCAGGAGCUCGCAUCCAUCAUCACUCGCUCAGCCAAGGAGAUGGAGCACUCGGUGGGAAUUCAGAUGAGGUCAGCCAUGCCCGUGGUGCCCUGCCAAGGGCCAAGCUGCCAGGGUCAAAUGUGCCAAGAGACAGUGCACCUGGAUCCCAGGGUUGGGCCCACGUACAGCACAGCCCGGCUCAGCAUCCUGACCCCGCGGCACCGCCUGGAGAGGAACUGCUCCUGCAAUGGUACUGCCGUGAGGUUCAGCGGGCAGAGCUUCGCCCGGUACAGUCUCCCAGAGGCUCAGAACUGGCACAUCCGUUUCCGUCUGAAAACACUCCAGUCACAGGCCAUUCUCCUGUUCAGCAAUGAGACAGUGCGUGUCUCCGUGAAGCUGGUCGAUGGAGUGCUCUGGCUGGAAUACGGCUGCCCCAGUGGUUUCUACGGAAAUCUUUCCUCCUGGCUCCAUGUGAAUGACCAACAGUGGCACACCAUUCUGCUGGAGGAGAUGGACACUGCCAUCCGCCUCUUGGUUGACAGCGCAGGCAACGCCACCCUUGUGCUGCCAGAGACCUGCCGGGGUCGGAGGCCUGAGAGAGACCUCUUUCUGGGAGGCCGUGUCCUCUUGCAUUCUUCCCCAAAGGUCUCCCGGGGCUUUGAAGGCUGCCUGGAUGCUGUUGUGAUCAACAGAGAGGCACUGGAGCUGCUGGCCCAUGGCAAGAAGGCGGUAGGCUUACUGGAGAGGCAGGCCCUCACCCACUGCUGCUUCCACAGUGAGGAGUGCAGCCAGAACCCGUGUCUCAAUGGUGGGAAGUGCUCACACACCCACGGGGCAGGCUACGUGUGCCAGUGUCCCCCACAAUUCUCUGGGAAGCACUGUGAACAAAGAAGGGAGAACUGCACUUCGACACCCUGCCUGGAGGGUGGGACUUGCAUCUCUUCCCCUGAAGGAGCCUCCUGUAACUGCCCUCACCCUUACACGGGAGACAGGUGUGAAAUGGAGGCCAGGGGCUGCUCAGAAGGACACUGCCUAGUCACCCCUGAGAUCAAAAGGGGAGACUGGGGGCAGCAGGAGAUUCUGAUCAUCAUAUUUGCCCUACUGUUGAUCACUGUAUGCACUGCUGGGCUUCUCUUCUACUGUCGCCGUUGCAAGUCCCACAAGCCUGUGGCCAUGGAGGACCCAGACCUCCUGGCCAGGAGUGUUGGUGUUGAUACCCAAGCCAUGCCUGCCAUCGAGCUCAACCCCCUGAGCACCAGCUCCUGUGACAACGUGAACCAACUGGAGCCCAGCAAGACCUCAGUUCCCAACGAACUUGUCACUUUUGGACCCAGCUCUAAGCAGCGGCCAGUGGUCUGCAGUGUGCCUCCGAGACUCCCGCCAGCUGUGGUCCCCUCCCACUCUGACAAUGAGUCCAUCAUUAAGAGGACCUGGUCAGGCGAGGAUAUGGUGUACCCAGGCGGAGUCGCGGUCUGGCCCCCUACUUACUCCAGGAAGGAAUGCUGGGAAUAUCCCCACCCUGACGUGGCCCCAGGCCCUCUGCCACCCUCACCUCACCGCCACCAGACCCCAGCUGUGAUGCCGGACCCCACUGGCCUCUAUGGGGGCUUCCCCUUCCCACUGGAGAUGGAAAACAAGCGGGCACCCCUCCCACCCCGUUACAGCAACCAAAACCUGGAAGAUUUGAUGCCCCCACGGGCCCCUAGUCCCCGGGAGCACCUGCUGGCCCCCUGUCUCAACGAGUACACAGCCAUUAGCUACUACCACUCACAGUUCCGGCAGGGAGGGGGAGGGCCCUGCCUAGCAGAGGGGGGCUCCAAGGGGGUGAGCAUGCGCCUCAGCCGGGCCGGGCCCUCUUAUGCCGACUGUGAGGUAGGGGGUGGGAUUCCCACAGGCCGGGGCCAGCCCCAAGCACCCCCCAACUAUGAGGGCUCUGACAUGGUGGAGAGUGAUUACGGGAGCUGUGAGGAGGUCAUGUUCUAGCUGUCCUCAGAGGAAGGCAGGUGGGAGGCCAAGGGCUUGGCCCCUUCCUCCUGUCUUAGAGGGAGUGAGUUGAACAUGGCUGGGAAAGUGGGGGUGGGGAGCCCCCAUACCCAGUCCAGGCUGCCAUACCUUGAAAUGUGCUCUUCCAGACCCCCAGCUAGUCCCUGACGAUGGAGGGAAGCUGAGGGUAGAGCUUUAGAAACAGCACUAGGGCCCCCAACAGAAAAGGGAUGCACAGAGCAGUUACCCUGGAAAGCCAGGAAAAACUGACUCUGAGAGGGGCAAGAGGCAGUAUGUCACUGAUUUGCCAUCUCUCAGCCCCCAGGGAGGCAGGGCCCAAAGGACUGGAUAAGCUCCAUCAGGGUGCAUGUGUAUACCUGCCUGCAGCUCCAUUCUGGAGGCAGAGGCAGGUUCGUGCCUGACUGGCAACCACGACACCUGCUAUAGACAUGAGGUCCAGGGUCACCUGACCCUGAGGGCCACAGGGUGUCCUAGGGGCUGAGAGGUGAGCAGCAGGUGAAUGGGUACCAAAGGUCACUGUGCACCCACUUCAUUUAUACAUUCACUGCAGUGUCUGCUCCAUGUCAGACACUGUGGCAGGCAUCAGGGAUAAGAUAGUGAACAAGGUGACAAUGGUCAUAAGGAGCAUCACUUGGCCUCACUUGGUCCCACUCUUCUAAUCCAGAGUCCGAGCAGCCUGCUCCAGCUCUUUAAGUCCAUGACUUCCGACCAGCAAGGGCCCGCCGGGAUUCCGCAGCCCUGGACCUUCUUUGCUAAAGAAUUCAGACCUCAUAGAACUCUGGGUUCUUCAUCCCAAGUUUCUCAAGCACUUUGGGCCAAAGGCAGGAAGGAUGUAAUUUUCAUUUAAAAAAUUCUUAGGCACUUUUCAAUCUUGCUGUCAGGAUGAGUUGUCCCAAAGGGAUUUUUCUUCCCUAGACACAAGGAACUAAGACUUCGUUUCAGGACAGGGUGGAGGCAGGGGGCUGGACAUCAGAGUGUCCAGGCUGGACCCCUUGCCCUUUCCUGCCCCUCGUUUCACAUGCCUGCCAACAUAAGUGUUACCUGCAGUGACUCAACCCUACGCAUGGAGGGUCAAUGCGGGCGCGUGUCUGCACAUGUGGGCACCCAUGUAUAGUACGUGUGUACACAUGUGCAGUGUGUAUGUAGCCAGGAGUGGCAGGGACCUGAGAAUUCUGGUAGCCUUGCCACUCCCUCCCCUGCCAAUCCCUCUUUCUGGUCCAGUGACUUUUCACGUGUGCUGUUUCUGGAGACAAAGUCAAAGGAAGAGCAAUAGAGACUCCUACCCACAGGGGUGCUGCAGACAGGGAGAGGGAUCUGUGUGGGUGAGAGCGAAUUUGUGUGGGUGGUGCGUGGCUGUGUGUGUGACUGUGAGCACGCGUGACGGGAUGCAUGGUUUCAUUGGUCAUUUGUUUUUUUUUUAACAAUAAAAUAUCUUUUUUACUGUUA